CUCUCUCUCUCUCUUGGGACAGAAACGCAGCAACGAGCAGCACCAGGGCCGAGACAGGCGUGGAGCCGGCGGGUUUUAGCAGAAGUAUCAGGCGCCUGCUCUAUUCGCAAGGAGAGAGGUUAUCAAAGCGAGGGCGGCUUCUUCUCUGUCCAACGGAUAGCAGGCUAGCGCGAGGUACUACGGCACGGACCCUUGCGUGUCAACCGGAGUGUUCAGCAGGAAUCUCUGCGGCACUUACAGGACUGUUAUUGGUGGGGGGGGGCAGGAGGAGGGCGGAACGUGGCCGGGAUGAGGAUGUUGGCGUUGAUAUGGCGAUUGAGGGCCACCUUGCCUCCAAUACUUGCGGUAAGCAGUUCCGCCUUCGCGGUUGGGGUGGACGAGAGAGGUGAAGAGGGAGGCGGAGGCGCCAUCGGCAUCAGAGAGGGGUUUGUGGUGCAGGAAGUAGGAUGCCCGCAAGCCAUCUCGCACGACGAGGCGCUUGCGAGGACGUCGGACCCCUCCUGGCCAGGCGGUGUUUUGAACGUGACGUCACUGGAGACAGUCGGUCGAUCGGGGAAUCAUUACAUGGCGAUAUCGACGAUGUUCUCCUUGGCAUUUUGCUGUGGAGUGAAGGUGCUCGAGCUGCCUGAUACCGACUAUCGCUUCCCUACGGAGGAAGGUGGAGAGUUUAAGUCGUCGAAGCACCUCUUUUCGUUCUCCUCCCACGGCACUGAUGGCGUUGAGGCGGAGCGACAGACAUGGUCCCAGUUGACGGGUCUAGAAGACCUCCAGGGCCGAGUGGGAGUCUGUCCCAAGAAGAGGAUCGUCGACGGGACACAUGCCAACCAUAUCACGGGGCUUGGCAAAGACCUUCAGAGAUGUAUUCGCCACGUGCACAUGCGUGGGUGCGAGGCCGCCUACCUCCAGCAGGUGAUCGGUGACGAAAGCUCUUGCCCGGAUUCGCCACCACCCGUGGGGACGGAUGGGGAGCCUACUGGGUUGGUGGUUCCGGGGACAACAGGGCUGCUGCCCUCGGAAACGAAGGGCGACGGGCAUCUGGUGGUGCACAUUCGAUCGCAGGACAUCUUCAAGCCUGACACGAGAUAUCAUCAGUACGGACAGCCGCCCUUGGGAUAUUUUCUGGCCGUCAUCGCGAGCAAGAAGUGGGACUACUUGUCGGUCCUCACGUCCGGACCAGACAAGCAGCUCAAUCCGACGUACAGCGUGAUCGCAGAGCUCAACCGCCAGGGAUUCCUUGGGACCAACGUGGAGAUGCAUAAGGACCGGUCGUUCUGGGAAGACCUGCAGGCCAUGCUCUGCGCGGACAGCCUCGCCCUGUCGCACUCGACCCUAUCGAACCUCCUGCUGGCGCACUCGAGGGCCAAGCGCUUCUUCCUGCCGUGGGGUUGCGAGCCGCAACCGUGGACCUUGAAGCUCAACCGCUUCGUCAACGCCUCAAUGAUCUGCCUCCAACGGCCGGAGGUGUACGGUAUCGAUUGGCGAACAACCAGCGAUGCUUACACCGUGUACGACUCCUGGGAUCCAAACUCCAACAUGAUGGAGAUGGUCGUUUCCGACGCGGUCAAGGGCGUGCAGCGCUGCUGCAAUUGACUGAGGGUAGAUAGUGUUUUGGUUCGUUCCUGACUUCUUACUGUACCACCAUUUUUCGACAGGGGCAGAAUCAGUAUCUUGCAUGUCAGGGGUGCACGCAUGCAGGUCUCCGUGUGUGCCAGAACACCGCGCCCCAAAGAACUGUGUUAUCUUGGUCGGCUGUUGGCAAGGCACCCUGAUCACAGUGCGGUGAAGGUUUAGGUUGAGCGGUGGCAUCACCACAAUUGCGGGCCCUGCCCGCUUUUAGGGGAUAGUUGCACUAGAAAAUGUGCGGUAGCCUCUUCUGCCCCGCACACGCGCGCGCGGGGGCCUCCCAAAUACCGCACACACAUGACCCCAUGCGCACACUUGAACAUUGACGAAAGUUGCACUCGACGCGCCUUGCAGUUGGCGCGCGAGCGGGUGAGUGUCGUUUUUAGUUGUAUUUUUUCCCCGGCAAGGGUGGGCGUGGUCACGUCGUCGGUGUUUCGAUUUUUUCUUCAGUUGUAGCAUUAGCUUGCCUAAGCCCCCUGGGGACGUGGCAGAGAGAACUGGCCCUGUGGCGGCAAAGGUAGACGGUGUAUACUCGUAGCGUUCGUAAGGGUGCGACCCUUGGCGUUUGUGGUGGUGGUGGUGGUGUUUAUUUUCCCGUGGUGAUAUUGACGAGUUUCCUGUGCAAAUAACACCUGUAUAUUGCCUGUGUAGUCUCCGAAUUGGGAGCCAUUGUACCAUGUUGUGAGUUACUCUGAUCUUUUCUGUCGCGGUCAAGUCUGGACUCCGGUCAUGAUUUUUUUUCUCAUGUGUUGCGUGAGUGGUGAGGCAAGACUCUAUUUGAGGUUCUGCGUUUUCUACCUGACUGUGCAUGGACCACACAACGCACGUACCUCGAUUAGUCUAGGUCGUGAACGUUGUUUGGGCUUUUCAAUAGGUUCACGUAUUCAAGAACGAUACGGCGCAAGGCCGGCCGAUGCCGCACAUGAGCGGCCGACUACGACCCAUGAG